AUGGCCGAUAGUGAUUUGUCUAUAUCAUAUGUCAAGAGCACUUCAGAUCCUCCAAUUUCAUGCCACCCACCCACCUAUGCAUCUACACCACUCAAUAAGUCUUGUAGCGAUAGGGCUCACACUAUUCGGCACAAUCUAGCCCUUAUGUUCACUUAUGACAUGGGUGUCACUUAUGUGAAGCAUUACUCACAUGAGCUUCCUUCCAUUUUUCGUUCCAUCAACCACAUCAACGCUCUCCUACACUUACAUUUCCAGGUCCUUUACUCCAAGCUACCUACUUCCCAUGUUGAGGACUGGGGGAAGGCGAGUGGGACCGAGAGACGACAAAUCUUCAAAGCGGCCGCCAGAGAAGCCAGACUCUUGGCUCCAAAGAUGGACCAAGAGCUCUUGAAGCAACGAAAAGAGAAAUACAGGCAGUGGUUCCACAACUACAAGAAACACAAGGCCAAUGCCAAAGCGCCAAUGAAGCUGCAAAAAAAAUGGACAGCACGCCGAGUAAUUGAAGAGCAGCACAAGGCCGACAUUCUUCAGCAAAUACAUGAAGAAAUUGAGGAUGAGACUGGGCAGAAGCCUGAGCAGAAAGAAAUCUUCAGGAGGUAUCAACCCACUAUGACGGCAAUCAUGAAAGGGCUGGGCGACAAUGAGUUGGAGGAAGCCCGGGCAAAGGCCGACGAGUGGACAAAUCAAGCACCUGACCCCGCAGUCCAGGCCAAGACGGCUAGGAAGAAGGGUGAAAAGAUGAUCAAGCACUUCACAAAGGAGAUGUUUACUCAGGCCAGUAUGAGACUCUUUGUAUUGGGUUCCUGGAAGGAUGAGAAGGGUGGCCUACUUACAUCCGGGCAAGUUGAUACAGUCGGUCGGUCGGUCAUUUUGCUUACAUGGUUUGGCAGAUUUGACUUCAAUGAACACCUCGGGAUAGGCUCCAGCUUCAUGAAAUGCAAGGACUGGCAGGUCAUCUUACCGGCAUGGGAAGAUUUCAUAGGUGAUGCAUUCAACCAGGAUCAAGACCAGGACGGCACGCUGCUCGGAGGCACUCGCCGGGUUCCCAAGCCUUACCAUGAGUUCGACCUGGACCGCAUGGGUUUGCCGAUGUUGCCCGAUAUUGAGGGCGUGUCUCUUGACGCCAAGAAGGGAAUGAUUCGGUCAUUUCUCACCAUUCAUUACCGUAAGCCUGUUGAUAGAAAACCUGCAGCAUCAUCUGAUGCCCACCGCCACAGGAAUAUGAUGUGGAAAGCCAAAGGUCCCAGUGCCUUGGAGCGACAUAAUGAAGGGACAAUCAUGGACCCUUCGAAAUUGCAAUGGAAUGAAGCCAACACCUUGUUGGAAUGUUGGUUAGACCGACAAGACAACCAGGUAGGGCUCACAUUGAAGUUCAAGGCCUGGAUCGAUGACAAGGGCAAGAUGAGGGCUCCUGUCAGCAAAGAGUCUGAUGACUCUAACGGUGAUGCUGAUGAUGAGGGCAUGUGGCCCAUGCCAACCAAAAAGUCAUCGGCCGCCGCUGCACCAUCACCAGCCGGAGUUCCCAAAGUGCGGCCUAGGUUCAUCAAACGAGCUCAUGUCAGUUCCGCCAAUGAAGAAUCUGACAAGACCGAUGCAGAUGUGCCUCUGCCGAAGGUAAACAAACAUGCACCCUACCAUGCAUCCGUAACACCUACAGGAGCCCCAGCUCUGCCUACGCCUGCCCCCGCUCUACUAGACUCUCCGCGCGGCGGUGCGCUGCCCGCGCCUAGAAAGACAGUGGUCUGGACCGCUGUGACCCCGCCCCUGGCGCUAUGA